AUGCGGUCUCGUCCCCGUCGUCAUUCGAUGAAGCCUCUGAUGAAUCGGGCAAGGAGGAAGCCCCGUCGGAUGCCACUCGUGUUGAGAUUUGCAAAGGGAUCAGUGCACGGCGACAUCAUGAUAGCAGUGAUACUCCAUGCCAUAUUCGCGGCAUUGAUUGUCUAUAUCGAUGACUUCACACCUUACACGCCACAUCUCCCUGGUAGCAUCACUUCAUCUCUAUCCAUUGUUGUCGGUCUGCUACUCGUGUUCCGCAACCAGAGCUCAUAUGCUCGAUUCUGGUCUGGACAAGAGAAUCUCACCACCAUUUGUACAAACAUUCGCAACCUGACUCGGACAUUCUUGACCUGCUCAUAUGCUACCAACAAGCCCGAACCCUCGGAAGCGGAGCGAGCAGAAACCGAGACCGCCGUAUAUGCCCUACUGGCGGUUGUAUACGCUGUCAAAAACACGCUCCAAUGGGAGUGGGAGCACAGCGUGGGAGCACCGGACCUUGAAGACAGUGGAUCCGGAUCUUUAAAGCCGGAACUGAGAGCUCUUCUUGGACCCCAAAUGUCUGAAACUCAUGAGUUUGAGGGCCUAGGUCUUCCUAUCCAGCUCACCAUGUCAAUUGAAGCAUACAUAAAACGCUCUCAUGAUCGAGGAUGGUUCCAUAGUCCACAGGCAUCGCAGCUCUCGGUGCAGCUGAAUACGAUGGUCGCAGCGUUUGGCACCAUGGAGACAAUUCGCUUGACUCCUAUACCGGUCGCAUAUCUCAUCCACACGAGACAAGUGCUCGCUUUAUAUGGAGGCGUGUUGCCGUUCGCGUUUGUCGAGAGUCUGCAAUGGUGGACUGUCGUGAUCGUCUCCCUCAUCACUUUUACCCUGUAUGGUAUCGAGGCCAUUGCGUACCAGCUUGAAGAGCCUUUCGGCUGGGAUAAGGCAGACAUCAAGAUGGACGAUGUUGUAGAAGACUUGAGGAUAGAAGUCGGCGUACUCUUGAAAGAAUGGCAGGCAGGCGCGCCGAUGUUCGGACGUCAGGAAAACUAG